UUAUUUAAGAGUUUCUAUUAAUUUGUGACUGUUCUAUUUCCAAUACAUCUCUUUUCUCUAACACUAUCUUUUGUUAUAGAAAUAUGUUUAAAUAAAGCACUUAAUUAAUAAGCGUUUAUAGCAUGAAGAGAGUGUGUCCAUUACAACUAGAAGCAACCCUUUCCUCAUUUUCCUUUAUGGCUUCACCUUGUAACCCUAAAAGUGAAAAUAAUGACAUAGAAUCAAAACCAAACCAUGUUGAAGAAAGUGAAGAAAACAACAACAUUGAUUAUUCUCAAAGAGCACAAUGGCUAAGAGCAGCUUUACUAGGAGCAAACGAUGGUUUGGUAUCAAUAACAUCAUUGAUGUUAGGUGUUGGAGCAGUGAAUGAAGACAUCAAAACAAUGCUUCUUGCUGGUUUUGCAGGACUAAUUGCAGGUGCAUGCAGCAUGGGAAUUGGAGAGUUUGUUUCUGUUUAUACUCAACUUGACAUAAUAGUAGCUCAAAUGAAAAGAGAGAACAUAAUUAGCAACACUAUUGAUGAAGAUGAAAAGCUAUUACCAAAUCCUUUUCAAGCUGCUAUAGCAUCAGCAAUUGCAUUUUCUUUUGGUGCUAGUGUUCCAUUGCUAGGAGCAGCAUUGGUUAGGGACUAUAAAAUAAGGUUGGUGGUUGUUGUUGUUAUGGCUAGUUUGGCUUUGUUUGUGUUUGGUGGGGUGGGAGCAAUGCUUGGUAAAACAUCAUUGAAAUGGUCUUGUUUUAGAGUAGUGGUUGGUGGUUGGAUGGCUAUGGUUAUUACUUUUGGAUUCACCAAAUUAGUUGGAUAUAGUUCACUUUGAGUGUGGUUAAUUACUAGAUAUUUCCUUUUACAAAAAAAAGAUAGCUUUACUUGUUUAUUCUAAGUCAAAUUAUGUUAGUUUUUUUUUUUUGUGAUAUCAGGUCAAGAUUUUAACAACUUCUUUCAAGUAAAUGAGCCUUGAAU